UUUAUUUGCUUCAAUGGCGGCAACCACACUCCAGCUCUCUUUCUCUCUAACUUUCACCGCCUUCCAAGCAACAUCUUCAUAUGCUUUCCAUAGCUAAAUGUACGUAUAUAUAACCAACACACCCUCACUCUCUUCAAUCACCAAAAAUCAAUUUUAAAAAUCAAAGAAAAAAAUCUCUUUUCUUUUGUUGUAAUUUCUUGAAUUUUCCGAUAUGGGUUUUGAAGAUUCAGAUAGGGUAUCGAAACCAGUAAUGAUAAGGGAAGUUUGGUCAGAUAAUUUGGAAUCCGAGUUCGAGUUGAUCAGCCAAGUGAUCGACGAAUACCCAUUUAUUUCAAUGGAUACUGAGUUCCCGGGUAUAAUUUUCCGGCCAAAAGUGGACCCCGUAAGGCCGUACAACGGUCAGUUCCGACCGGCCGAUCAUUACAAGGUACUCAAAUCUAACGUCGAUGCUUUGAAUUUGAUCCAAGUGGGUCUAACCCUUACCGAUUCUUCGGGUAAUCUGCCCGGAUCCGAAAACGGAACCCGGUUCAUCUGGGAAUUCAAUUUCCGUGAUUUUGACGUGGAGCGAGAUCCUCACGCGCCGGAUUCCAUCGAGCUUUUGAGGAGGCAAGGGAUUGAUUUUGACAAGAAUAAGGAAAAGGGGAUCGACUCGGUUCGGUUCGCUGAGUUGAUGAUGUCGUCUGGACUCGUGUGUAACGACUCAGUGAGUUGGGUGACGUUUCAUAGCGCCUAUGAUUUUGGGUAUUUGGUUAAGAUCCUGACCCGACGAGAUUUGCCCGAGAAAUUAGACGAGUUUUUGACGAUUCUUAAAGUGUUCUUCGGUGACCGAGUUUAUGAUUUGAAACACAUGAUGAAGUUCUGUAAUAGCUUGUACGGUGGGUUGGACGUAGUUGCUCGGACUUUAGAUGUGAACCGGGCGGUUGGGAAAUGUCAUCAAGCCGGGUCCGAUUCUUUGCUGACGUGGCACGCGUUUCAAAAAAUGAGAGACUUGUAUUUUGUUAACGAUGGACCGGAAAAGCAUGCCGGAGUAUUAUAUGGAUUAGAGGUUUAUUAAUUAAAUAUUUUUGUUAAUUACAAUGUAAAAUUAUUCGAAGUAUAAUUAAUUCUAUUCAAUUUAUUGAUUUAA